AGUGGGACGGUGCUAGUUCCGCUAGAUGCAUGAGAAUCACAAAGCCACAUUGCACGGAGUCGAUCGAUCAUCUCGAAGACAAAAUAUAUAUAAAUCCGGAGGUCAAACCCGUAUGGCAACAUCUCAGACUCUUAUGACAACAUCAGCGACCUAAAUUGUGUACUGAAUCCUCAGUACACCCAUCGCACUCCACCAUUCUACCCGCCAAAAUACUAGCCGUAUCUCAUCCCGCCGCCACAAUGCCAACUACGUCAUCACCACACCAAAUCCUCUUCUACGACAUCGCCCCAGGCCCGCCUAUCCGGCCAUUCGCGCCUAACCCAUGGAAGGCCAGAUACGCGCUAAACUUCAAGCGCGCCAACUUCAUCACGAAAUGGGUUGCGCUACCGGACAUAACAGCAACGCGCAAAAGCCUCGGCGCGGACCCGGUUAGGUUUCUGGCCUCGGGAGAACCGUUCUACACGCUGCCCGUGAUUAAAGACACGUCGACCGACGAGGUUGUCGGAGAUUCCUUCGACAUCGCCGUGUACUUGGAGAAAAAAUACCCGGAUGAGCCCGCGUUGUUUCGGAGCUCAAUUGGGGUGUACGCUGCGUUUAACGCGCAUAUUGAUUCGAUAUUCCCUAAGGGAGGGAUCUUGUUCUCGGAGGGCUUCCCGUUUGAUCCGGCGAACGAGGAGCAGGUGAAGGCGGAGUUUUGCAGACGCGCGGGGUUGACGUCGUGGGAUCAACUUACCGUGAGUGGGGAGGAGAGGAGGAAGGUUGUGGAGAGUUACGAGGUCUCGUUGGCGGAGGCCGCGAAGUAUUUUAGGUAUUCUGAGGGUCCUUUUAUAGGGGGUAAGGAGCCUGAUUAUGCAGAUUUUAUUGUUGGGGGUUGGUUGAUGAUGCUGAGCCAAGUGGUUGCUGAGUGGAAGGAGAUUCGCACCUGGCAUGGUGGUGUUUGGGGAAGGUUGCAUGAUGCUUUGGAGCCGUAUAGGGGGACAUGGUAAUUUGGAGAGAAUGUAAUUCGGAAUCUAUUGGUGUAUAUUAUUGAGGGUUUUGGUGUAGGACAUUACUAGGUACCUACGGGUACCUAGCCAUGGUGUCCAAGUCUAACCAAAACGUAGGGAGCAUUAGGAGAGCGCUCAAGUUAGAUGAGUUUGAGGGAAAGGGUGCAACUGCAUUAGAGAAAAGUUUUAGAUAUCAAAAUAAAUAUAUCAAUUUGCAUGUUAA